AUGGAAAAUGUUAGUGGUCUAUCUGGAACUGGAACCCAACCUGAGUUGGAAGCACCAGCUGUAGAGACUGUUACUCCUCAGUCUCAGCAGUCUUUGCCUCCACUUGUUCUAAAGAAAAGGAAAGGGGUUGAAACCACUAGAUCUCUAGUUUGGGAUCACUUUGAAAAGAUCAAAGACUCUGAGGGCAUUACCAUCAAAGGAAAAUGUAUAUAUUGUGCAAAAGUGUAUGCAUGUGAGACCAAGAAACAUGUGACUUCUUCUCUAAGGAAUCACAUUGUAAGCUGCCUUAAAAAUCCUCACUCUAAGGAGACAAGGCAGUCCAUGCUUACAUUCCAACCUGCACCUUCUUCUGCUGGAACUCAAAGUAGUGAAGGAAUUGAAGGGGUGUUGGAGUGGAAGCUACAAAAGAAAAUCAUUUCAUUUGUUCCUAUUUAUUCCCACAAGGGGGAAAAUAUUGCAAAGGCUUUAGAAAGUUGCCUCUUAUACUGGGGUCUAAAAUCAGUGUUUAGUGUGACAUUAGAUAAUGCUUCCAGCAAUGACACUGCCCUAGGAUUCUUGAAGAAGAAGUUGGUCUCUUGGGGUUGUACUACUGUUAGGUGUAAGUAUUUGCACAUGAGGUGCAUUGUUCACAUCCUUAACUUGGUGGCACAGGAUGGGUUGAAAGAAUGUGACAGUUCUGUUAAGAAAGUUAGAGAUGCUAUUAGGUAUGUGAGGAGCUCACCUGCUAGGUUACAAAAGUUUAGAGAUCUAGCUGAUCUAAUUUGGGUGGAAGCUAAGAAUUCUUUGUGUCUAAAUGUUCCUACAAGGUGGAAUUCCACCUAUAUGACGCUUAAUACUGCAUUAUUGUUUCAGAAGGUAUUUGAAGCCUAUGAAGAUCAUGACAGUUCAUUUAAAUCUGAUUUGGGUGGAAGUGUACCUGAUUUCAUGGAUUGGGAAUCCAUUCAAUCUUUGGUUAAGAUUCUGAAAUCUUUUUAUGAAAUGAUUGUUAGGAUUUCUGGUUCAUUGUAUGUGACUUCUAAUACCUUCUUCUAUGAGGUUUCUGAUCUGUCUUGCUUGUUGAAAAAUAUGGAGGAAGCUACAGAAGAUAGUGUUAAAGUGAUGGGUAAAAAUAUGAGGGCAAAAUUUGAUAAGUAUUGGGGUGAGCUAGAAAAAAUGAAUUUUUUGAUAUUCUAUGCAAAUAUCUUAGAUCCCAGGGACAAAAUUGAGUAUAUGCCCAUUCAGUUUAACCAGUUAUAUGGUGAGGACAAGGGUAAAGCAAUGUUUGAUAAGGUUAUUGUUGGCCUUAAGGAGUUGUUUCAAGAUUAUGUUGCAUGUUUCCCUUUCCAGUCUGUUGAACAAUAUGACAAAUCUUCUCCCUCAAUAACAAUAUCUGAUUCUGUUUCUGGUGGGAGACCUCAAUCAUUACUGAAAUCUCAAAUUAAGAAGCAAAAAUUGGAGAGUGGAGAUUUGUCUAGGAAAAAAACUGAGUUGGAAGUGUAUCUCUCUGAGGUUAUUGUGGAUGAUGAGGAUUCUUUUGACCUUCUAAGAUGGUGGAAGCAACAAUCUGAAAGUACCAGUAGAAGGGUACUAGAUGCCUUUAGGAGUUCCCUAACUCCUAGAAUUAUUGAGGCACUGGUGUGUGCACAUGAUUGGCUAAGGUUAGCCAAUCAACCUAUCUAUGUUGAAGAAAACAUUGAUGAUGUUGAAAGGAUUGAGAAAGAGUUGUGCAGCACAUCCAGCACUGGAGUUGGAUCUUCACUGCCUACAAUUCUUGUAUUGUAUCAUGUAUGUGCAUCAAUGAUUCAAAUCAAUGUCCCUCAUGAGGUUGGGAACUGGAAAACUGGAAAGUGCUCAUGGCUAGGUAACAUUUUAAAUGUUGCUGCUAUUAAGCUCAGGUAUCAGUAUAAGUAUUCACUGUGA